AUGUCCAACCACAAGAUCUCAGUCACCAUCGACGCCGCGCGCGGACUGCGAGCCGCGGACGUGACAGGCACCAGCGACCCCUUUGCCGAGGUCUACAUCGGCGAUCACCGCGGCAAGCGCCGGAUGCGCGGGCACGUCCAGAAGACCGCCACCGUCAAGCACACCCUGAACCCGCGCUGGAAUGAGACAUUCACCUUCACCGUGAACGACCGGGAGGUGUCGUCGAGCUCGCUCGUGGUCAAGCUCCUGGACUGGGACCGCUUCACCCGCAACGACAAGCUCGGCUACUUCGUGACCUCCGUGGCCAAGGUGAUGGCGACGCCCUACCAGGACAACUGGUUCCCACUUGUCAAGAACCUCCGUAGCAACCUGCCCGAACAGGGCCAACUCCACCUCAUCAUCUCCGUCGACGGUAAGGGACCCUCGGCCAAGCCCGCCGCGCAGGCGCCGGCCCAGCCGAUCGGGGCAGCCGCGCCCUACCAACCGCCGUACGGCGCGCAGCCGGCCUACAUGGGCGGCGGCCAGCAGCAGCCACCCUACAUGGGCGGAGGUCAGCAGCAGCCACCCUACAUGGGCGGCGGCCAGCCCAUGAUGCAGCCCCCCAUGCAGCAGCAGCCGCAGGCCGACAAGUACCCGGGCCUGGGCACUGCGGGCUCGUCCUUCGCUGCGCCGUCGCCGGCCCAGGCCUAUCCUCCACCCGCCGGCAUGCCCGGCUACCAGCAACCGCCCCAGCAGCCGAUGGCCCAGGCCCCGGGGCGGUACGGAGGUCAACCUCCAAUGGGCGGCGCCCCAGGUUACGCGCAAUCGGGGGCCUACCCUGUGGGCCAGCAGCAGCAACCGCCUGCGGCAGGCUAUCCUCCGCAGGCGGCGGCGCCCCCCUUCGGCCUCCAGCCCCAGAACGUCGCGCAGACCGGCCUGGCCGUGCCCGCGGCCUACAUUCCCUCCGUUCGCCCUCCGCAGUAG